UCAUCUGAAACAUCACUGACUCGGGCUGUGAAGGGCUGGGUCGGUAGUUCCGCUUCCCCCUUCGCCAUAGCGGAAUUAUCCAAAGGGCCGAAAAAGAAAGAUAGAAAGAAAAGAAAAGAAAGAAAAGAAACGAAAAGAAAAGAGAAGAGGACUCUUUGUAAAUAGUUGCACUCAGUGUUUUUAAGUUAUCAGUACGCGGUGCGUACAGCGAGGCCUCCAUGUGACAGAUGAACUUCUUCUAAAGCGGAUUUUACAAAUCUUCCACCCGGACCGUCGAGGAGCCUCCGGGAAGUUUAACUGCCGGUACCACUUGGCACUUCCUUUCCUUCCUCUCCUGUCACCUUUCUGGGCACAUCCUCCCCCUCCUCUGCGCAUGAGCACACCCGUGCCUCAUGUUGAUGUGAGCGCUCGCCGCCCUGUCCAUCCUCGUCCGCUACGCCCUCCCUCCCCGAAGCUCCCCUCUUAACCACCCCCGUGAGGCUCCCGACGACCUAUAAGCGAUGUGUGAUAACGGAGACCCUGAGGAUAAACCCCCCGCGCCUCCGGUCAGGAUGAGCAGCACCAUCUUUAGUACCGGCUCUGGCAAAGACUCGCUCUCGGCCAACCACAGCUCUAAACCGUUGCCGUCUGUGCCCGAGGAGAGGAAACCUCGCAAUAAGAUCAUCUCAAUCUUCUCCGGGGCUGAAAAAGGUGGCAGAAAGAAAGACCGAGACAAAGAACGACCAGAGAUCUCGCCGCCUUCAGAUUUUGAACACACCAUACACGUCGGGUUUGAUGCUGUCACGGGAGAGUUCACUGGCAUGCCAGAGCAAUGGGCCCGACUACUCCAGACCUCAAACAUCACCAAGUCAGAGCAGAAGAAAAACCCGCAGGCUGUGCUCGACGUUCUCAAGUUCUACGACUCCACUGGCAACGGCCGUCAGAAGUACCUCAGCUUCUCAUCUUCUGAAAAAGACGCUUUCACCCCGGGGCCUCAGUCUCCCGUCAAAAAAGGCACUGAACCCUCUUCCCCGAAUAUCAAAGACAUCGACGAUGACGACGACGACGAAGCUCCUCCUCCCGUCGUGGCCCCGAGACCAGAGCACACGAAGAGCGUGUACACUCGCUCCGUCAUCGACCCCAUCCCCGCUCCGAGCACAUGCGUAGACGGAGACGUCGCCUCCAAGGCGGCAGAGCGACAGAAGGGGAAGAAGGGCAAGAUGUCUGACGAGGAGAUCAUGGACAAACUGAGAACCAUAGUAAGCAUCGGAGAUCCCAAGAAGAAGUACACCAGAUAUGAAAAGAUUGGUCAGGGGGCGUCAGGAACAGUAUUCACAGCCAUCGAUGUUGCCACAGGACAAGAGGUCGCCAUCAAACAGAUCAACCUACAAAAGCAGCCGAAGAAGGAGCUGAUCAUCAACGAGAUCUUAGUGAUGAAGGAGUUAAAGAACCCCAACAUAGUCAACUUUUUAGACAGUUUCCUGAUGGGGGAGGAGCUGUUUGUGGUGAUGGAGUAUCUGGCCGGUGGCUCAUUGACGGACGUGGUUACAGAGACCUGUAUGGAUGAAGCCCAGAUAGCUGCUGUCUGCCGAGAGUGUUUACAAGCGUUGGAUUUCCUGCACGCGAACCAGGUCAUCCACAGAGACAUCAAAAGUGACAACGUGUUACUGGGGAUGGACGGCUCUGUCAAACUGACCGAUUUCGGCUUCUGUGCCCAGAUCACUCCGGAGCAGAGCAAACGCAGCACCAUGGUCGGCACGCCUUACUGGAUGGCUCCCGAGGUGGUGACCAGAAAGGCUUACGGGCCUAAAGUAGACAUUUGGUCACUGGGUAUUAUGGCCAUCGAGAUGGUCGAAGGAGAACCUCCCUACCUGAACGAAAACCCACUACGAGCAUUAUACCUGAUCGCCACAAACGGCACGCCCGAGCUUCAGAACCCGGAGAAGUUGUCCCCGGUCUUCAGAGAUUUCCUCAACCGUUGCUUGGAAAUGGAUGUAGAGAAACGAGGCGGAGGCAAAGAGCUGCUGCAGCAUCCGUUCCUGAAGCUGGCGAAGCCCCUCUCCAGUCUCACACCUCUCAUCCUGGCAGCCAAGGAGGCCAUGAAGGGCAAUCGUUAGCUGACGGAAUAAAAAAAGAAAAAAGAAGAAAGGAGCUCCCCUGCCUUCCCAUGCUGUGCACAGAUAUGUGCCAACCAUUCAGAUGUUUUCGUGCCAGACAAUAGGCUGAGAGUGACUCGCCACUCUUGAUGCACCAGCCUUAUAAGCCCUGACAAACCUCACUGUGAAGAAGACCAAAAAAAAACAACAAAAAAACAACAAAAAAAUCUAGAGCACAACUCCACCGCUGUCCACAUGAACUCUAUUCUCACUCAGACGUCAGAAGACAAGUCAAACUAAAGUGCUUAGUUUCAGAGUCAGGCGUUAGUUAUUUUGUACAACAAAUCUCCUGGUGACACGUUCGGGGCUGGGCUUGUAUUUAACUUGGAAUGAAGAAGAUGCCUAGUUCUAUUUAGUUUUUUAAUCAACUGCCUUAAACAAAUGCAAAAUGUUGCCUAAUGUAUUGUUGAUUGUGUCGAUGUUUCUCUUCCCAUGAUUUUUACUACCUUUGUAAUUGACCUUUUCAAGCUUUGUCAGUGUCUUAGUUAUUUUGAUACUUGAAUUUCAUACGUGUCCCCCUCUUUUCUUGUUAUAUAGUUGGUCUCAUUCAGUGAACACUCUUGCUAUUUCCACAUUGACUCGUGUUUCAUGGACAUUUUUUUCUCUCUUACCGGUUUUUAUAGGAAACAUUUCAGUACAUUUGUCAUCAUGAAUCUAUGUGCCACACCUUGACAGACCUACUGUAUCACUUCUCCCCCUGUAUCAUUAGUCUCCUGAUAUCAGAGGUGCACCUUACAGGCAAAUUAAAAUGUUAGAUUGACAGGGUUUAUACUUUUUCUUCUUUAUUGUUGUUAUUAAAAAUGAGUAUUGUAUGUCCAACUCUGUCCUUUGUGUUCUUCUGGACUAAAACAAAAUGCGCUUUUUUUCCCUCAUGUGUAUAUUGUGUACUUAAUAAUUAGUUUGAAAAAAAAAAACAAAGUGGCCAUAUCGUCAUGGUUAGCUGUUGAAGGCAUGGUAAAGACAAUUUGUUGACUGUUUCUUUUCUCCACUGAACAACUAACAACCUUGUCUGCGCACUCAAAUAAAUGCAACUGUUUGUGCUUUUGUGA